CGCCGAGACGCAUCGUGACCGAGCAGAUCGAUAUCGAUAGCGGCGAGGCGUUUUACUGCGAAGAGUCGGAUGGUAGGAUGCCCAUGAAUUGGAACGUCACCGAGGCGAAGAAAGUCGGCGAGUCGUUGGCAACCGAUGGCUCCGGGAAAAUGAUCAGGCACUUCACGAUCGAGACCGCCGUCAGCGAGCUUGAAUUCGCCUUCCUCACAAAGGGUUCCGACGUUCCGUACACUGGCUUCUACAAUGUCGAAUACUACGACGAGAAGGAUUCAGGCGCCCCCGUGCGAUUCGUCAUGCCCUCACGCGAGUUCAUCAUCACGAAAUAUGUCGAGAAGGAAAUCGAUAUGCCUCCUUGGGAGUCUUCCACGUGGGACCCUUCCCCUUCAUGCAGAAGCGGCGACCCCAACGAGGACCUCACCCUCCCGGCGAAGAUGAACAUGAACCAUGCUCUGUUCAACGAAAGAGAUCGCGCAAUCGUCGAUGCCGUGAUCGAAGGUGAGAUCCAAGGUAUUAACGCCACCGGCCUUACGAGCCCUUGGAGAUCACGCAAACUCCAGAGUUUCAGUUUACUCAUGGAUAUGAUUUUGAGGAUGAUAAAUGAUAUACAAGCGAGAGCCGCGGUGGCUCCCAAUUGCGAUCCUGAGGGCACGUGCUACGGAAACGGAGCGACCACCACCGUCUUCGAGUUCAAUUUCAAAAAGCUCGCAUUCGGCAUCAGCGCUUGGGACGCUGGAUGCGGCCUUGAAUCCAUCGGUUUUGAGGCUGAUUGCCCAUAUGGCUCGACGUGCUACGGGAAGUGCGCGGGUACAACUCCCGCGCUGUGCAAAUCAAAAUAUGACAUGACAUGCGAGAUUGGCAUUAAAAUCAAUCCGAUCAACUCCAUCAGAGAUUCUACAAUCAGAGACGCUCUCAACAGGUUCCUUCCCAACGCGGAGGCCGGUGUCAAGCUCGGCUACACCUUCGCGUCCAAGACGGUCUCGAUUACCGCGUAUGGAAGCUUCCAAGCUGGACACAUGGGGCGAAGACGCCAGAUGCUCGCCGCCGGCGACGCACCAUUCUCCGAACUCUCCUCCGACGCGUAUGCCGAGUGGGACGAACUCGAGCAGGAAGCCAUUUAUCAGGCUCACAAACGCAAGCUCUCGAGCUACUCUGGCGACAGGGAACUGUUAUGGGGUAAGUGGGGCAUCGCCGCGUCGGUCGAGGGAACCGGUAGGUAUACGAUCCCGACGAAACAAUUCAGUUUUGCAGUCAGCGUCUCGGGUGAGGUCUGCUUGUUCUUUUGCUUCGGUGUCUCGGCCUCGAUUGACACGGCUUAGGCGCAUCACUGGAUGACGAACCACACGCAUGUUCGGCUCGUGUUAAAACGAGCGCCAGGAUCACACAAACGUCGAUGGGCAGAGCUCUCAUUGCGCCGUCGGGUUUUUGCCCCCAUUGGUUUCCCGACAAUCAUUUUAAUAAAAGAGCAAAGCACCAUCCGCUC